AAUCAAUAUUGUUUCAAUCUUCGUUUAGAACAUAACGCAGUCUUGCCGAAACGCUUCAGUUAUUAAACGAUCGAUCGUGUUUUCCUUAUAUAAACGAAAAAAAACUAUUCCGAAUUUAAUCAAUUUAUUAUUACAAACAAUUAUUUAAAAGUUUACUAAAGUCCAUCAAAGCUUUAAAAUGGCACUAUCGAAAAUAGAUACUGAAAUGGAUCAGGAGAAAUAUUUACGAGAAAGCACGCAUCAUUUUCGAGGCAUAGAGAAGCCUUUGAAAUAUGGGCCCACCAUUGAGACUCUAAACGAUUUGGUUGCGGCAUUGCAUCAAGAAUUCUCCACGAAUUAUGUUAACAUUGAAAUGGUUAAUCACCUAAUGCUGUCGUACAAAUCAAAUCCCAAGGAAUGGCAAAAGUUUGCCAAAUUCGAUCGUUAUAAAUACACAAGAAAUCUGGUGGAUGCUGGUAAUGGUAAAUUUAACUUAAUGAUCUUGUGCUGGGGUGAAGGUCAUGGCUCGACCAUACACGAUCAUUCUGACAGCCAUUGUUUUAUGAAAAUGCUCAAGGGUGAUUUGAUGGAGACCCGUUACUCAUGGCCGGAUAUGGAAAAUCAACAAGUAGAUGGACAUUUGCCAGAGGGAGAAGAAUAUGAAAAUCAUGAUGCUUUACAGGUGUUGGGUCAAAGAACCAUGGGUUUAAAUGAUGUGGCCUAUAUUAAUGAUAAUUUGGGUCUACAUCGUGUGGAAAAUCCCAGCCAUUCUGAUACUUCUGUUUCAUUGCAUUUAUAUUGUCCUCCUUUCCAGACAUGCUCCAUGUUUGAAAAAUCCACCGGUAAACGUUUACAAUGUACCGUUACAUUCUGGAGUAAAUAUGGCCAAAAGAUUAAUCAGAACUAAUAUCUCCCUCUCUUAUGUGCUUUUACUAUUUUCCACUCUCCAAAAAAAAAGAAAGACUUAAUACUCGUACAUGAUUGUUUUAAAUUGUAUAUUAAAUAUUUUAUAAAUAUUGUUUUUAAUUUCUUCGUUUAAGUUUAAUAUGUUUGAAUAUUUAAGUUUAGUUAAUAAGUUUCUUUUUUACAAAACAAAAAAAAACA